AUGGUCAAGCUUAGAAGCAAGAAAUCGUCGAAAGAUGACAUUCCCAAGAAGGAACAGAGAAGAAAGGAUACUUCUGUUACAAGAGCUUCGAGAGCUAGGUCUACAUCAGCUUCAGCGAACAGAACAACUUCGUAUACUCCUACGGGAAGAGUCCGGGCAGACUCAUUAGUAUCUAUUCCACAUUCACAUUCUACAUCGUUAGCAUCAUCAAAUAUUAUCCCCAUAGAAAUUACUCCGUCAAGCCAUGAACUGGAGCAUUCGGAAUUGGAGGCCAGAACAUCCACAGCAACUAAUGAAAGAAGCGUAUCCCACUUGUCAGAGGAAAACCAUCAUUCCCACAACGAUUCCAAUGGAAUAUUGUCAUCCAUAUUUAAUGCGGCGCAUAAUGCAGCCAAUAUGAUUGGUUCAUCAAUUGAUAAUAAACCACCAAAGACACAAGAUUUGACAAUUGAUGAAGGCGACGAGAAAAAUACAUCGUUCAGUCAUAAGUUGGAUUUUUUAUUGAAACCUGCAGCAUUCGGUAGGAAUACUUCGUCUUCUUCUAUAUCCAAAUCGAAAUCAUCGAAAAGUGAUUCGCAAACUGAUCUUGAUAACCCCAGAGAUUCUGAAGAAAUACCCAAUCAUAAUUCCCAUUCGCUUUCCAAUGUUCAUUUUGAAACUGUGAGAGAAUCACCGAUAACUACCUUAGGAACUGGGAAUUUGAAGUUAGAUGAUUUUGACGAUGCUCCAUCUGCAAAAAAGGCGACAACUCUAUCACAAUCGAAUGAAAACCUUAUUCCACCAGAGGUAAAGAGAACCCCGUCAUCAGACACUGUUAAUCGACAAAUCCCCUUAUCUAAUCAAUUAGCUGUAAGUGGUAAUAAUGAGAAUAAGACGGUUCGUAGAAAAUAUAUUGGCAAUGGCACAAGCUUAGAAAGAGUAAAAUCUCCUGAAAUUAAGAAGAAAAAUACUGAUAUUGAAGAUUCUGAUGAUUAUCCUAAUGAUUCUGAAAGUGUUGAUAAUGGAUCUGUCAAUUCAGAAGAGGAUUUGGAUGAGAUACUUGAUACAUCGGCAAUAAGGCCUGCUGGUGAAAAAAGGAAUAAGGAAUUUCACCAAAUAUUUAAGCGUAUACCUCCUAAUGAAAAAUUAAUUGAUGAAUUUGGCUGCGCUUUGUCAAAAGAUAUAUUAGUCCAGGGCAGGAUGUAUUUGUCAGAACAUUAUAUUUGUUUCAAUUCGAAUAUUCUAGGAUGGGUUACAAACAUCAUAAUCCCAUUGCAAGAAGUCAUUCAAAUUGAGAAAAAAUCCACGGCAGUAUUAUUUCCAAACGGCAUGAUUAUUAGGACAUUAUACCAUAAAUAUGUCUUUGCAACAUUCUUAUCGAGAGACUCAACAUUUGCCUUGAUAACUAAUGUUUGGCAUGGAGUAUUAUUAGGCGACAGUGGCGAGUCUAAUAGCAUUACGGAUAAAAAGAAAAAUGAUAAAAAUGAAUCAGGCGAGAGUAUGGCAAACGACGAGGACUCAUUGCCUAAUGGCUCGCGUAUUAAAAACGAUGGUAAUAGUGCCGAUGAUGAUGAUUCUAGCAUUGUUGUUUCUCAAAGCGAAGCUAGUUCCUUAGAUAAUUUCCUAGCUAACAGAACUGUUGGAGAUGAUAUUGAAGUAGUCAACUCGAAUCUCCCAGACGAUGGUAAUAAUGGAGAACAAGCGGAUGGCAAUAAAUCAUCUGAUGGUUUCCAUGGCCUACCAGUGGUAGGACCAAUGACACACGCACCAACUGAUAUAGAUUACUCCAAAGGAUCUGAUGAAACAUUUAUAUCAGAGGACGUCGUCAAAGCGCCUUUAGGUGUUAUAUUUUUAAUCUUGUUUGGUUCAGAUAAUUCGAAGUUUAUAAAGAUAUUGAAGAACCAGAAGAAUUACGAUAUAAGCGAUGAAGAUAUUACUGAAUUAUCAACGGACUCUAAGGAGAGAAACUACACCUAUACUAAACCUUUAAACGGACCAAUUGGACCCAAAAAGACAAAGUGUAUAAUUAAAGAUAGGUUGAUCGAAUUUAACACAGAUAAAUAUAUUCUUGUUGAACAAAUUACCACUACUCCUGAUGUGCCCAGUGGUAGCUCCUUUCAAGUUAAAACCAAAAUUUUCCUUAGCUGGGCUGAGAAUAAUUCCACCAGAAUAUAUAGUUUGACGGUGGUCGAGUGGAGCGGUAGAUCGUGGAUCAAGGCAGCCAUCGAAAAGGGAAGUAUUGACGGGCAAAAAGAAUCCAUGAAGAGUAUGGUCGAAUCGAUUAAUCUGAUCGUAAGAUCUGGGGACACUGGCGGAGCGGCCAAGUCGGAUAAGAAGAAGAGAAAGAGAAAGAAGUCUGAGACUACCCACAAGCUUCCCACUGAGGAGGCUCCUGAACCAGAAAAGACCACCCUUGAGAAAGUACAACUGUUUAUCGAAGCCGUUGGAAAGACUAUCAGCAUUCCCUAUGUCGGGGAUCUUAUCUCGGGAAUCAUUAUCCUCUCCAUCGGGCUUCUUUUUUUCGCCGAGGUGUACAACUAUCUUUUCCACCACAGGUCCAAAGACCCUUUCAACGCCUCUAACCUACAAAUCAUUUCACAAGACUCAGUUGUGUCUAAAAUCAAAAUCAACGAUGACAAGUAUUUCGUUAUUCCUUCGGUCGAAUCUCAUUUCCAAAAUAAACAAUCCAAAUUGCAGAACGAGGUCGCCAUUUGGAAGUGGGUCAAUGAUAAAAGCAAUGGGGAUCUUAACAUAUUCAGCCAAGAAGCACCUGAAAAUAAUCUACAACGGUAUUCAAACCAGGAGAUCAAAGAGAUCGUCAAAAUAGUACAGGUCAAGCUUGAUGAAAUUAAAAAUAGAAUGGAUGAAAAUAUAUAG